CCUACAGAUGCAUCCACAUGGCGGGUAUUGUUCAUCGUUACCGUAGGAGAAGGUACCGUCAAAGGGUGGAUGCUGAGCGUGCAAAACCACUCAAGCAAUACACAUCAGAAGAACUGUAUGCACGUUUUCGUUUUGGGAGAGAUGACAUCAAGUACACUGCAGAUCUUGUCAGGCCAUCACUCCAACACCAAACCCAAAGGAGUCAUGCUUUAUCCGUGGAGGAACAGUGUUUAAUCGCUCUGCGCUUUUACGCAUGUGGGACUUUCUACCAAGUAAUUGGUGACAACAUGGGAGUAAGAAAAACAAUCGUGAGUAAUGUGGUGAAGGCUAUGUCAGUAGCACUGGGCAGUCUGAUCAAUCAAUUUGUUUACUUUCCCAAGGAUGACCAGACAGCUCAGACUAAGCACAAGUUUUUUCAAAUGGGGAACAUGCCUAGCACUAUUGGUGCUAUUGACUGUACUCAUGUGCAUAUCCAAGCACCUUAUGAAAGGGAAGGGGAGUAUGUCAGUCGAAAGGGGAGGCACAGCAUCAACAUCCAACUUGUGGGCAACGCCGACCUCAUAAUAACAAACUGUGUUGUGAAAUGGCCAGGGUCUGUUCAUGAUGCACGUAUUCUAAGAGAAAGUGCACUAUACAGAGCACUACAAUCCCACCGACCAAAUGGCAUAAUAUUGGGAGACAGUGCGUAUCCCCUCCUACCAUGGCUAAUGACCCCUUUUCCAGUUGCAAACACACCUGAGGAGUCUCGCUUCAACUCUUCACAUUGCAAAACAAGAUGUGCCAUUGAACGCUUAAAUGGAGUCCUGAAGAGAAGGUUUGCAUGUCUUAACUACUUGCGAGUGCAACCCAAGGUGGCAUGCAGCAUAAUCCUUGCAUGCAUUGUUUUGCAUAACAUUGCAACCAGGCGUCAUGUCCCUCUUGAUGACAAUUUUGAUGCACCUGAGCCUGAUGUAGAACCAGAACAGCCACCAAUGUUCUUACAUAAUGAAGGACACACUGGACAUGCAAUCAGAGAUGCAAUUGUGAGAAAUUACUUUUGCUAUUAAAUGACUAAAUGAGUAUAUCUGUUGUGGUCAUUGUCAUUAAUAUACUGUGGAAUUAUAGAGCUAUGAGCAACAGUGACAUUUAUUUGACAUCUGAUAGCUUUGAUAUUAUUUUGUUGUUGUUGUUUACCAUAUCUCAAUAUCAUUAUAUGUGACAUGCUUCAUAUAGGCUUCAAAUAUGAAGGAAUUUAUAUAUCAUUAGUAACCAUUAAGUUUGUGAUCAUUCAAUCCACCCUUCUGAUGGGAUCAGGAUAAUCCUGUUUUUUUGGAUCAAAUAGAUCCCAAUCUGAGUUCAAAGUUUUGAAUAACCCAAAGGGCAGGUUUGAUCCAAAUCAAAUGUAAGAUUGGAUUACGUGGUCUGAUCUUAAUUCAGAAUCCCUCUUUUACUUUUGAAAACCCCAUUUCCAAGAUUUGAUCCAAUCCGUGAUCCAAAAUCCCACUGGAUUACUUUUGAAAAACUGGGCCCAGGAGAUUGUUCGUUGUAUGAUGCCGAUCACAUAGAUGUGACUAUCAGGAGUCAAAGUUAUAGCACCACCAACUGGCAGCAGGAAGUGUGUCAUUUUCAAAAUGCUUUUAAAUCAGCCUCUUAAUUUUACUCGAUUUGCUUCAGACUUCAUCAGAAUAAUGUCAAAACACGGCAGAUGACAAUCUGUAAAGGGAUCGUGGAUACAUUAAAUGCUGUUGCCAUGGCAACGUGUCAAACUUUAACAUUUGUUUCCUGUGUUUUUGGGGCACUUAAUAAGCUUAGAUUGUCAUGAAACUCAACACACACAUCAGUAUUACAGUUUUUCUCAGUCGCUUUGGUGCAUUUCUCACAACACUAUUUACAUUUGCACAACAUUUACUUCAACCUCCACAACAUUUAGUCAUUUGUGCACAUCAUAGUAGCAGUUUCUCAUUCCUUCCAACAAAUUGCAAA